CUCACUUGGAUUGGCUGGACACCUUACACGUGUUCGGGUCCGUGGUCUUUAAAUGUGUCCUCUGGUUCCCACUCAUCAGAAAUCUUUCAGACAGUUGUGAAGAAGGCGCAAGAAGUUGUAAGAGGAGCGAGAAGAGGGGAGCCCGAACAAUGAAACCUUUCUUCAGCGGGCUUGUCUGCUGCAUCUCGGUGCUGGCGUUUCAGGUGCACGGGACCAAUUACGGGUUUUACGGGUACGAACCGCAGAGGAUUUCCCCCUUGAGGUUUGCGGACAGACCUGUUGUUAGAAAACCUUUUCCCCACAACAUCCAGGGAGCUCAGAAUACAGUAAAUAUUGCAGUACAUGGCAGUAAUUACAGGUUUCAUGGCUAUUACUAUCACCUGCCACCGAGGAUAGCGCCACCGGUCACUUACCCCAGGCCCACCGCCCGACCAGAGCAGCCGGUCAGUACCCACAAUGGCCACAGCUCCGUCCGUGCUGACACAGGGACACAGUGCAAAAGCCGGCCUUUGGACCUGGUCUUCAUAAUAGACAGCUCCCGUAGCGUGCGCCCAGGGGAAUUCGAGAAGGUCAAGAUAUUUUUGUCAGAUAUGGUCGACACGUUGGACAUUGGCCAGGACGCCACCAGAGUGGCCGUCGUCAACUACGCCAGCACUGUGAACAUCGAGUUCCUCCUCAAGACCCACUUCAACAAGGUGGACAUGAAGCAGGCGGUGUCGCGCAUUGAGCCCCUGUCCACGGGCACCAUGUCGGGUCUGGCUAUCAAGAUGGCCAUGACCCAGGUGUUCACGGAGCCAGCGGGAGCUAGGAUGCGUUCCCAGAACAUCCCCAAGGUCGCCAUCAUCGUGACGGAUGGGCGACCCCAGGACAAGGUGGAGGAGGUGUCGGCCCAGGCCAGGGGUGCCGGGAUCGAGAUCUAUGCUGUUGGGGUGGACAGGGCCGACAUGCAGUCUCUCCAGCAGAUGGCAAGCGCUCCCCUGGAUGACCAUGUUUUCUACGUGGAGACAUAUGGUGUGAUAGAAAAACUCACAUCGAAAUUCCGGGAGACCCUGUGUGGUGUGGACCCAUGUACCCUUGGAAACCAUGGCUGUGAGCAUAUAUGUGUGACCACUGCAACGUCCUAUUACUGCAAGUGUCAUGAUGGAUUCCUCUUGAAGGAGGACAAGAAGACUUGUGCAAAGGAAGUAAAGGCAGCGGUGACAGCUGACCCAUGCAAAUGUGAGGCUCAGCUUGCGUUCCAGAGCGCAGUGCAAUCCUCCAUUCAGGCUCUGACCACCAGAUUAGAUGAAGUCACAAAAAAGGUGCAACAAUUUGAAUACAAGCUGCGUGGCUACUAGGCUGUGAAGAGGAGUUACGUUUUUGAGGCUCUCCUGAGAUCUCUGGGGAGAUCGCUGACUCAACUCGCCCCGUCUGCACCGUCAAGUUUAGCCAACUCAUAUUUUAGUGGUCAGCCUAUUGCUGUGUUGUGUUAUGUUCUGUUAACUUUGUGAACGUGUUACAGUAAAGUAUGUGCUACUCUCUAAAAUGUUUUUUUAUAGUGUCAUCCAAUUUUAUCAACUGAAAUAUUAUUUUAAUGUCUUCCAUUGCAUAGUGUCACAGUCUAGCCCCAUGUUGAUUCUCUGUGUACACUGAAGGUGUAUAGAAGUCCCAUCCCCUCAAUUACACAGUUGUACCUGACAUUUACUGACGGGUCUACUUUUUUUCAAGUCAAUGCAUCACUAACAGAUACAUUUCACCUCCUGGAUUUAUGACACUGUAGUUUUUAUUAAUUUGUACAAAAGGAUUAAAGUACCAGUGCUGUAAUCUCCAA